GUCAGGCUCCUCACGCGCAAGAGAAAAAGAACGCGAGCUUCCGGGCUCCGGGAUACACGGGUUCGGAGUGAGUGAGAGGGUCGAGCUGAGGGAUAUACCGAGGUGGAGCAGACGUACACCAAUAUGGCUCAAGAAACAAAUCAAACGCAAGUGCCUAUGCUGUGCUCAACUGGGUGUGGAUUUUAUGGAAAUCCCAGGACAAAUGGAAUGUGUUCAGUGUGCUACAAGGAACACCUACAAAGACAGCAAAAUGGUGGCCGUAUGAGUCCAAUAGGUACAGCUGGUAAUUCCAACAGUUCCAACUCUGACUUUGCUCACAUCCAGCGAACGGAGAGCUUUAAAUCUGAAGGAGCCUCCAUCAAUGUAACUGUCAAAACACAAAGCAUGUCAGGAUCAACCUUGCCUGUGACACAGCAGAUGACUGAAAUGAGUAUUUCCAGAGAAGAAAAACAGGCAGAAGUUGAGGUGGCAGAGCCAGCACAGCCAUCUGCCCUACCUGCACCAGCUAGUACAUCAGGGAGUGAAGACAAAUCACCAGAGGUACCCCGUCCAAAGAAGAACAGGUGUUUUCAGUGCAGGAAAAAAGUUGGUCUUACAGGUUUUGACUGUCGAUGUGGGAACUUGUUCUGCGGACUUCAUCGUUACUCAGAUAAACACAAUUGCCCUUAUGAUUACAAGGCAGAAGCAGCAAUGAAAAUCAGGAAAGAGAACCCUAUUAUUGUGGCUGAGAAAAUUCAGAGGAUUUAAACAGGCAAUUGAAAAGGACAGUAACUAUCAAAGACUGCAUUUAUUCUUUAUCCCCUGAUCUAUUUUGGGAUCCUCAUAGAGCAGAUGCAUGGGCUGUUUUAAUCCUUGUCUGUUCUCCAAUUGUGCUUUAACCCUAGUUCCUAAUUGUAAGGUGGCUGGACAUUACUAGAUGCAAUUGAGCACACAGUACUAAUCACAACAAGUGAAACCAUUGACCUACAAAAUGAACAGAAUGAGCUGGUUAAAUGGAGAUCGCUAGUAGUGGUUCAUGUGCCAAGCUAGCUUAAGACAAUGUGUUGUAGUGCUUUUAAUUAAGUAAAAUGACCAACCAAAAACUUGUUUGUUAACAUGUUUCUAGUGCCUAAGCAGACUUCAGUCUUUGGAUGACUUCUAGAAUAGUCUGUCAAAUUACAUAGAUUCAAAGAUAUGAUAGUUCGUAUAUUUGAAUAACUUGGAUUUUUAAGGUGCGUAGCCAAUUCCAUUGGAGCCUUGGAGCUGCCUUCAUCUCGGCAUACAUGGGCUCAGUUUUGUAGGUUAAUGACUUUCAUGCUGGUGUUAUUCAGGGAAAACCUGUGCAAAUAGGGAAGGCUUUCCAAGUUAUGUUUUUAAACUUUAAUUAGAAAACAAUUUUCCUUUCCUCUACUAGAACACAAUCAGCCUGUAAACAUUUUCAGAGUAUUUAAUUAUGGGAGUCUGAAUAAUACAGAAUGUUGUCAAGGCCAAUGAAUCUGAGCCUCUUUCUCCUAGAACAGUAACUCUGCCUUCAUUUAUUUAAGCAUAUGUACACUAACUAUGUAGAUCAAUAUGAUACAUGCAGGCUGUUUACAGAAGUUGCACAUGCUUUUAACAGAUGUGAAUGAAUAAAACUGUAUCUAAGUAACUAAUUGGUAAUGUCCCAAUUAUACUGCAUCUGUUGGUGAGUCUCAUUACACAUUUGAAACCAUGUGGCAAGCGUAAUAGAAUGCCAAUUUUCAUAGUUUGGUAGCCUCCUAUCAUAAACCUGGGAGGAGAGAGCCUUGCAUGGCUUGUUUGACUGCAUGUGGUGCCCAGUUAUUUUUUUUUUUCUUGACCCCUUUGCCUGUUAACUGCUUGGGCAGAGCACACAGUUUAAGUUAACUUGACAGGCUGUGCACCACUUAAUGACAAUUGUUUAAGAAGUAUAUUUGUCUGCUGAUAGCACACCUAUCAUCACCCAAUCCCACCAUGACUACAGUGCAUUAUAACUGGGCUAUAUAUUCUACAGUGUUAAGAGUAUAACAUUGCCUUAUUGCAUGGACUGCAUGUCCUUAGCAGUGUAAAAUGUUGAACUGUAGAAAUGACAGUAUGCUGAAUUGAAGCUAUUGUACUUUUACAUCUGUUAUUAGAUCUGUGGUGUACAAAUUAGUUGCAUUUUAAAUCCAGUACAAUUUAACAUGUAGCGUGAUCAAAUCUUAACAAUUUUAACAGGCUGUGACUUCAAUUACUGUUCAUCCUUGCAAUAACUCGGCAUAUUCAAAUACUAUACACAGCUUAAGUUUUGUUGACAAACUACAGUAUGCCUUUUUAAUUUUUAAUCUUGGGUACGCAAUUUGUACAGAAGUAUUUAUAUUUAUGUAAUGCAUAUCAUGCUCAUCUGCAUUUAUGCGAAAUUGGAUGUAAAUAAAUAUGUACAGAAUAA